GCCAGGCCAGGAUGGACCGAACAUGAAGCAGCAAGAGCAUGUCAGUGAGGAGGCUGCGAAGAUUGCGAAGGUUCAGGGCGGACAAGGGCCAGAUAUCGAGGGUCAGGGCACACCUGUACAGGAGGUUCGUGAAUGAAGGAGAAUUGGACAUUGAGCAUUGGGUUAACAGUACGGUCAGAUCCUGCGAAAUGAGAAGGAUACCAGGGACACAGCGCCGAAGGUCAUGAAGGAUCAGGCCAAGCACACAAACGUCACAACCAAAGCCUCGACCCGAGCAUUCUCGACCAUGGCGAGACGGCCCGCAGAAGGCUUCACCAACAACAUCGACUCAACACAGAUGGACAUGGGAGCAUUGCCGACAGAAGAGCAGCGAGCAAAGUGGUCAUCAGAACAGGACGCUGCGCGACAACUCUUCAUCAACACCGUCACUGAGGAGCAGAAUUCUUUGGAGUCAUUAAACGCUCUUCAAAUUUCCGACGGCAGCGGCGAAGGUCACAAAUUCCCUCUCCCCGAGCUACCUCUCCCAAGGGACCUGAUCAAAAAGACCCGUUAUGAUCCCGUCGUCGAGCAACUCACCAACCUGAUGAUGCGCGAUGGAUGCAAAGCGACCGCUCAGCGAUACAUGGCAUUCAUCCUUCAGACUCUCCGCACCAGCUCACCGCCCAAAAUCAACCCACUACGACCUCUCCUCCCCGGCGCUCCACCAGCCGGCCACCUCCCACUUAACCCCGUCCUCUACCUCACCCUCGCCCUCGACAGUGUCGCACCACUUCUGCGCCUGCGAGUGCAAAAGGGUGGUGCUGGUGGUGGUGCCUCCCUGCAGAUCCCCGUUCCGCUCAGUCUGCGCCAACGACGACGAACGGCUUUCAUGUGGAUCCUGGAUGCCUGCUCGAAGCGCAAGAGCCGUGGUAGUGGAAAGAACAUGUUCCCGGCCAAAGUCGCCGAGGAAAUCAUCUCGAUCGUGGAGGGCCGCAGUGGGAUCUGGGAGAAGAGGAAUGCGGUGCACAAAUUGGCUGUGACGGCGCGUGCGGCGGUCAAUUAUGGACAGAAGGGAUUCAGGAAGUAGAUCGGCUGAGGCAUGGUUUACGAGGGACGACGAUGGGAACGCUGUUUACUUGCAGAUCUGGGCAGCAACCAAGGGCUGAUUACCCACAUGUAAAAGCGGCAUGCCUGAAGAUUAUCGGGA